AUGACGAUGCUUUGCGCUCGAGCUGCUCUUAAACGCGCUCUCAGUCGCGCCUAUAGCUCUUCUGCGAUCCCUCAGAGAGGCGACAGAGUUGUUCUCGGAAUGUCUGGUGGUAUCGAUUCCUCAGUCUCUGCGAAACUCUUGGCCGCGCAAGACUUUGACCUGUCCGCUAUAUUCAUGCGGAACUGGGACACCCGCGACGAAUAUGGGACCUCGGAGAAAGGCUGCGAAUGGGAGAAAGACUGGGACGACGUCCAGAAGGUGUGCAGGGCGUACGAUAUACCGUGCCAAAUGGUUGACUUGUCUAAAGAAUACUGGACUCGGGUUUUCGAGCCAGCGUUGCGAGAUUGGGAAGACGGGGUAACGCCAAAUCCUGAUGUUUGGUGCAACAGGGAGAUCAAAUUCGGUGCAUUGCUCAACCAUUUACCUUCCCAUAACAACAGUAAGCCACCCUGGCUCGCAACUGGACAUUAUGCGCGAAAAGACUGGCAUCAAUCACGACCGCGACUCGUUCGUUCGCUCGACCCGAGAAAAGACCAGACAUACUACCUCGCCUCUAUCCCAGAGAGUGGGCUCAGACAAGCGCUAUUCCCACUGGGUGAAAUUACCAAGGAUAGAGUAAAGGGGAUAGCACACGAUGGAGUGAUGCCGGAGAGUGUCCUCGAACGACCAGAAAGCAUGGGUCUUUGCUUUAUUGGCGAGAAAAAGAGGACGGACUUCAAAGACUUUAUAUCAUCAUAUAUACGGCCUUCUCCGGGCCCCGUGAAACUCGUUUCGACAAACCAGACGCUGACCGAGCACCAAGGUCUCUGGAGUUUCACCAUUGGAGAGAAUAUUCGUUUGCCGGGACGACCCGAGAAGCUCUAUGUUGUCUCCAAGGAUAUUGAGUCCAAUACUAUCUUUGUCGGCCCAGCACACGAGCCCAACCUCAAUGUCCGCAACUUACAAGUGAAAGGCUUCGCGUGGAUAUGGCGAGACUCGCCUCCAGAUCAACUCAAUGACGGCGUCAAACUUGUCGUUCAAAUACGGCACAAAAUGGCGCCAGUGUUGUGUACUGCUCGAAGCAUCGGAGGCAAAGCGUCGGAUCUACUUAUUGAACUCGAUGAGCCUUUGAAAGGCGUCGCCCCAGGCCAGGUCGCUGGUCUUUGGGAUGGCGAUUGGUGUCUUGGGUGUGGGACUAUCUCUGCCACCAACAGUGUAGAGUAA